AUGCCUAAAGGAAUUCACCAUCAAACAACUCUAUCAAGUGGCAACAAACAGAGCAACAACAGCAUAAACAAACACAAGUCGGUUCGAGCAGAUCACAUCACAUACGAAACAUACGAAAGUAACGACAUACGACAUCCGAACCGUCAUGCGUCACCCAUAUUCCCAUAUAAUACAGGAUACAUAUAUACGAAAAUUCAAUCAAAACCUGAAUUUUAAUAGUAGCCAGUUACGCAACACGCAAUAUAUAUAUAUAUAUAUAUAUAUAUAUAUAUAUAUAUUAUCCGAUCCCAAUACCCCGAAGUCGCGAGCUAGAUUCCCUAUCGAUUCGAGGCUAGAAUAAUUUUUGCCGCGAUCGCCGACCUGAUUGAGUGGCUCGCUACGUCAUACCUCCCACGCGCUUACGAGUUUUAUACGGGAUUUUAACACGCGAGUUGGCGAAAUAAUUUUUAGCCAGUCCCGAUUUACGUGUGUACGAAAUCGCUUCGUCGCGUCCCCGUGCCGUUGUUCGGGCGUUCAAAAAGUUUAAAAUGGCAAAUGAAGUACAAAAUUUGUUAAAAGAAAGACAGAAGAUUAGACUUUACAUAUAAACAUUAAAAAAUAUUUUGUAAUAAAUAGAAGUGUGAAGUGUGACAGUUGAAACACAAUGUUUGCUCUAGCUGUAGGU